UCAGCACCAGGUGACAGCAAGCAGGAGGAACGGGGAGGUGGCCCUGCAGGUCCCCUCCGCCUCGGGGCACGGAAAGCAGCCCCCAGAUCAGAGCAGGAGAGACCAGGCCAAACUAAAGCGGCAGCCAAGGGGAUUCGUGCUGGGAGGUGGCACAAGCUGCACCCCAGGUCAGCGAUGCCGCCGUGCCCCCCCACCUCUGCCGGGCAGGGGUGACCUCCACAGGGAGGUGACACACCGAUGUUGCGGGAAAAGCCGCAGAGACCCCUUUUAAGGAACUACCUCCAAGCCUUGAGCAACGCACAAGUGUGUCAUGAUCAUGGACUGGAAUUGGAUGAAACAGGGACGUUUCACAAGCGGGGGGACGGCACGGCUGGCCAGGCUAUAAAAGAUGCCGCUCCGCAAGUGACUCCACUCCGGCCCGAGUCCAUCUCAGCGCUUCAUCAAGAUGAGCCAGACCUGCCAGACUCCCCAGGGACAGCUCUCCAAGCUGGAAAUCGCCAUCAAUUCCAUCAUUGAUGUCUUCCACCAAUAUUCGAGGCAGGAGGGGCACAUGGACACCCUGACCAAAGUGGAGCUGAAACUCCUGAUCCAGAAGCAGCUGGCCAACUACCUGCAGCACGUGACCAACCAGGUCUCCAUCGACCAGAUCUUCAAGGACCUGGACACCAACAAGGACCACCAGCUCAGCUUCGGCGAGGUGAUGCUCCUCAUCAUCAGGGUCACCAUUGCCACCCACGAGCACCUCCACUUCUGCGAGGACCAGCAGCAGCACCACCACCAGCAGCACAACCACUGAGGCAGCCGUGCUCGCCAGCACCUGAGCCGCAGACCCGGGCUGCCCCCGCCACCCUGCUCUGCCUCCUUCCCUGCCUCCCUCCCUCCUCUCAAGUCCGAUGGUUUUGCCACCAAUUAAAGAUUCGCUCUAAGGCUGUCAAA